AUGGCUGAUGACUUCAUGGGUGAAAAAAGGGUUAGGUUUCCGAAGGGCAAGAAGGUGAGGCCAGAUGAAGCAGUGGUGGACAGUGGACCGGUUGAGGAGGACACAAAUGACAUGAUGAAUCCCCGCCAUGCAGCUAAAGAGCGGGCAAAACGCAGGAGUCAAAUGACUACUGAACUCCUCAGCGAGGAUAGUAGAGGUAUAGCAACCGACAUCUCGGCUGCUGACGUGAAAUAUGAGGAUAAUGAAAAUUUUGUUGAUGAUGGGAUUCAAAUAGAACCUUUCAACCUAAAUAAAGAGAGGGAAGAAGGUUAUUUUGAUGCAGAUGGAAAUUUUGUUGAAUACGUCAGAGAUGAUGAGAUUAAGGAUGCAUGGCUUGAUAAUGUUGAAGUUGAUCCUAAAUAUUCUGCAUUAAACUCUGCGGUAACAAAUGAUGAAGAAGAGAUUGAAGACCUUUCUUCUAAGGACAUUGGAGUCAUGAAGAGGCGCAUUGCCAAUGCACUUGAGCCAGGAGAAACAGUGUUACAAGCUUUGAGAAGGCUAAAAGGUAAUAAUGACAGAAAGGCAAAAAUGUCACCUCAGAGUAAGGUUAUAUUUGACCAGCUGACAGAAGAUGCUAUGAAACUGAUGGAGAAUGGUGAAUACAAUGUCUAUCAUGAAAAGCAAGAGGUUUUUCAGCGUGAAGCAGAAGGAUAUGAGAAGCUGGCCCUGGCAAGAGGAGACGGCACAUCAUCUCAUUCUGGUGAGGGGAAUUCUAAUUUGAAUGGCGAUAGAGACCUGUUCUCUGAUGGCAUGGACUCUGGUCUGGUCUCGGCAACAUUUCCCAGUACCUCCCUUGGUCCUUCCAAUCCAAAUGUCUCCACUACGGAAGCCACUGGCAAUGGUGCAGAUGAGUAUGAUAUGUUUGCCGAAGAUGAUGAUACUGCAAAACCAUCUGCAGAAGAAAACAAUGCUCCUGUUCAAACAUCAUCAGACACCCCAAAUUCUAAUUCUGAUGGUGGAGCAUUGCAAAAUGAUUAUGUGUAUGAUGAGUCUUCUGGGUACUAUUACAGCAGCAGUUUGGGCUAUUAUUAUGACCCAAAUACAGGACUCUAUUGCUCUGCAGAAUCUGGGCAAUGGUACUCGUUCAAUGAGGAGAAUGGUACAUAUGAUGAAGUUAAAAAGGCUGCAUCCGUGUGAGUUCAGGGGUUCCUUUUCCUGUGGAAUAUGUAUAAGACCAUUACACGUACUCAUGGGGUCAUUGGGCAUCAGUAGGGACAUGUACAGACAAAGAAGCACUAACUUGGUCUUCUUGGCACAUAUUAUGAAGAGUUUCUUCUUGUUUCUGAAGCUACAGUUGUAAUGCUUAUAUAUAUGUAGAAACUCUUGAAAUUUUCUGUUAUGUUACAUUGUUGUUGUAUUUCUUUUACAUUGAAAUGUUCACUUGGGAGUUUAGGGCAAUGAAAUGUUCCCCGUUUUGACAUUUGAACCAUUUGCAAUUCUGCAGAUUCUUAGUCAUUCGAUUGACGCUUGUCACGAUUAGAAUCUUGUACGAUUCUAAUGAUGAUUUCAUUAUAUUGAUUCGUUGUGUUAAGAA